CCAGAGUGUGUAGCACCAGGAGAACACCGGCUCUUCAACAUGGAGUCGUCCGUGGCAGUGAUCUCUGAAGGAGAGCCGUUUCUCUUACAUCAUUGAUCUAGAUGGCUUCAUAAUGAAGUCUUCCCACGUCUUGCUCCGGCUCCUGGCUCAGUCUGCCAGGUCCCUGGAGGCCACUCAGGUCCACUGGGCCUCCUCCAGGGUCCUGCAGUCUACACAGAAACAGGUGAUGAGGAAGUUCCAUGUUAGCCCAUUAUGCCCAAAGGGUCGACCAUUGCCUGUGGACUUCCAAGAUGAGGAGAAGAAAGACAAGUCUUUGGUGGUCCAUGAUGACCUGUUUGAACAAGUGACCAGGAAUAACAAAACCAAAGCUUCAUUCAACAAGGUGAUUGAAGUUUUCAACAAGAGAGAUGUGAGGCGGCGGGGUCACGUGGAGUUCAUCUACGCUGCUCUGAAGAAGAUGCCGGAGUACGGCGUGGAGAGGGAUGUUGCUGUCUACAACAAGCUGCUGGAUGUUUUCCCUAAAGAAGUCUUUGUUCCGAGGAACUUCAUCCAGCGGAUGUUCAAUCACUAUCCCCGGCAGCAGGAGUGUGGAGUGCAGGUCCUGGAGCAGAUGGAGACGUAUGGUCUCACGCCCAAUGUGGAAACCAAGGUCCUACUCCACCAGAUUUUCGGGCCCAAGAGUCACCCUGUGAGAAAGUACCAGCGUGUCAUGUACUGGUUCCCCAGGUUUAAACAUGCAAACCCGUUUCCACUGCCUGCGGAGCUGCCGGAAGACCCAGUGGACCUGGCCCGCCUCAGUCUCGCUCGCAUCGCUAAUGACCGGGACGCUAAGGUCACUGUGUACCAGACGCCGUGCACUGACAUCACCGAGAGCGGAGAGGAGGUCACACUUCCACAUAUUGUCGGUAUCCAGAGUCCUGACCAGAUGGAGCUGCUGGCCAAACACAACCCAAGCAGGCCUGUGUUUGUGGAGGGGCCCUUCCCCCUCUGGCUGAGGAAGACCCUGGUCCACUACUACGUGCUGAGAGCCGAGCCCACGCCGCCGGAAGAGAAGGUAGAGGAAGUGUACGACCCAGAGAGAUGUUUCGACUAUCCUCUCCAACUGGACCUGGAUUAUGACCGGGACCUGGGAGACAUAGAGGAAUUCAAUGUGGACGACUUGGACGAGGGUCCCAUCUUCUCCAUGUGUAUGACCGGCCAGGGCGACGAGUCCACCUUAAACCAGUGGAUCUCUGGCCUACAGGAGACGAACCCCAUUCUGGGUCAGGUCCCCACCUUGUUCCGCCUGAACUCUGGAUCCAGAGAACUGCAGGGCGUGACAGACUCAGACCAGCAGCGUUCUCACAGAGAGUCUGCUAAAACAGAGGAGAGAACUGAAGAAGCUGAGACCAUGGCUGAGGAGGAGGAGGAGCAGCGGAGGAACCAGCGGAUGAAGCAGUGAUGGAGCCAGACUUCUGUUUUUAAUCAAGGGAAAUGGUCCACCUGUUCAGUCAUCACAUCACAUCCUCAGAGCUGUGUGCAUGCGAUAAAUGUAUGAACUGAUGCUCAAGAGUCUCUGUGUCUGUGUUAUGACCAACAAGAUGUGGUGAACAAGAUUAAACUAAAUUAACUUAAACAGUAGAUGUCUUGAUUUCAUUUAGAAACUUGGGUUGUCUUUAUUAUGGAACUAGACUUUAAUAAUGGAAUACUUAGAAUCACUUUGAUUUUUUUUUUUUUUUUUUGCUGCAGUGAUGCAAUGUCUCACUCGUUCAUUAGUCUCCACAGGUGAUGCAUCGAGAGCUGCUUCAGGCAAAACGUCCAUUUUGAAACAACUGCAUCCCAGCAGUUAUUUUUAGUUUUAUUUUGCUAAAUUAUUACUCAUUUUUUUUCUUCAGAACUGUCAUUUCUCCCCCUCCAUUUUAGUUUUACCACCUGUCUUCCCUUAGUUCUAUUUUUGUCACUUAAAUUUGUAUUGUCCACUUAUGUUUUCACAUUGAAUUAUAAACUAAAGAGAAUAGCAUAAUCCUCACAGAAGAAAAAAACUAAUAAUCAUGAAAUAAGAAAUCAAAUGGGGAAUCCAACUUGUCUUACACCGUAACAUUCAAAUUUACUCCAGUUUUACAUCGGUUGUCAUAUGUCACAUUGUCGCUACGUGUCAGUCGCUCCCUAAUGUGGAUUUUUUUCAGCACUGUCAGUUGUUCUUGAUAAGGCGUCUCAUUUUCCCCUUUCUCAUGUAAUAGCUUUUUUUUCCUGCUGUUCGCAUUUUAUCAAAAUAUUGAUCUUCCUAAAGUGCAGUUUGUGAGGUACAAUAUAUCUGGAGUUAGUGGAAUACCAUAAUGGAAAAUAUUCAAUGCAUUAUUAUAUGUGUCACUCUCCAAAAUGUUUAAAUUUUAGUGUCAUCCAGAAGCUGUGUCAGUGCUAGGCAUCUGUCUCACCACAUUCGCACUAACAUUGUAAUUCUCUUUUCUCGCUUGCUCAUUGAUUUAUGGUG